AUGUAUACAGAGAUCGACAGCUACACUCCCGCUGGAUCCUCCUACGAUGAAUUCUACUGUGGGACGGAUGACAAACAGUCUGACCUUUCAAGGUCACCGCUUGGUGUUAAUAUCAACACAUAUCCCAUGACAACCAUCGAGUUUGAGCAAAUGCCUAGUGUGUUCUCGUUUCCUCCAUGUACACCCACAAUAAAGGAAUUUUCUGUUUUCAAAGAAAAGUCUCAAGAUAUAGCAGAUGCUCUUUUGUCGCUAAAAAAUGCAGUGGUCAGACCGGGAUACAGCGGACAGAUAUCGCCAAUAUCUCCCACAAUGCAUCUGGGACAUGGAAAUGGAAACUGUCCAAGUCAGUCAACUGUGACGUAUCAUAAUGGUCCAUUUCAUCAUACAGGAGUUUACCCUCCGCAAAAUUCUGGUCAAUUUACCGUACAACAAUAUCCUGGAAAUGAUUCACAACAAAACAAUAUGUUUCCCUCCAUGAGUGUGAACGUGAGUAUGAGUAUGAAUGUGGGUGUUCCUCAUAAUAUGGGCAAUAACCAGUACUCGGUCCAGCAGUGGUCAAGUAAUCCGGCCCCGCCCCGACCCACCACACCCCCGCCUCCUUACCAAUACAACCAGUACGGUCUCCCGCCAGUGUCGCCUCAGUACAACACACCGUCUGCUAAUCAGUAUCCCAACCAUUAUUCUAUCUCACAUGAAAUGAGACCAUUCCCUUCACCGGAAACAAGGAAUUUUAUUUAUAGACCAACAGACAAUUAUAAGGAGGCAGCGCGCCUAUGUGCCGUUUCGCAAUGGAAACGGGCUAAAUUUCUUGGAAAUCGUCAUGGUAACAUACAAUGUGAAUCCUCGAAAGUUAACUUGUGUCGAAUAUGUGGCAAGACUUAUGCUCGACCAAGUACAUUAAAGACCCAUCUUAGGACACAUUCUGGGGAAAAACCUUAUAAAUGUUCAACUUGUAGUAAAUCAUUUUCUCAAGCAGCAAAUCUUACAGCUCACUCGCGGACACACAGUGGUGAAAAACCCUUUCACUGUCCUAUGUGUGAUCGAAGAUUCUCACAGAGUUCUUCCGUCACAACGCACAUGCGCACUCACAGUGGUGAACGUCCUUACAGAUGCAGGUUAUGCAAAAAGGCUUUCUCGGACAGUUCAACGUUAACGAAACAUUUGAGAAUUCAUUCUGGUGAGAAACCUUAUCAGUGCAAAUUGUGUCUGUUGAGGUUUUCACAAUCCGGAAACCUUAACCGGCACAUGCGCGUUCACUCCAGCAACGUAUAA